CAGAACCUCCACUUCCACCUGCAUGCCCAUGCUAACGCUAACACUGCUAACUGGAGAACGGAGUUGUGGAGAUAUUUACCAGCUAGUGUGAACGAUUGUUGUUUACCUGUCACAGAAAGACUCAACAUGGCGACACCGGUGUCUGUGCUCCGCCUGCCCAAAGGACCUGACUCCAACAGUCGUGGAUUUGACCCCAAAUCACCCCGGUUCAUUGCUCUAUGUCGCACCUCCAUUUUCACUUCUGCUGCCUCAGAGGUGGACUCUGUAGAGCUGCAGAGAGAGCAGCAAGCCCGUUCUGUGCUGAGAGAGACUUUCCUCCGGUGUCUGCUCUCCAUGACCAACAAGAAGGUUCAGUUUCACAUGUAUGAGAAGGUGAAGGUGGAGGCUACAUUUGGCGCGUCUGACAUCGACGUGCUGAACUUUCAGGUGUCGGACUUGCACACUCCUAUUGGGGUGCAGAAAGAGGCACUGAUUAGGAGUCAGGAUGUGAUUUCAUUUACUUUUGAUGUAUGAACACUUGAGCACAUUGUUUCUUGUUUAAACAGCACAUUUUGGAUAAGAGGCACUUGGAUAUCUCAUUUGUUGUUGCAAGUGGGAUCUGUUUUCACACCUGUGAGGUCGUUUAUAAAACUGUUUAUAUUUUUGCAGAAUAACAUGGUUGUACAUUACUAUUUCCUAUCUGUAUUGUUUAUUUGAUAACACUGAUGUGUGCCUCAGCAUUCAGAGGCAACAUUUACAAGCAACUCCCUCAUUUCAACACAAGAGGGAGCCCUAUCCUUGUGUUUCACGGUGGACAUCAAAGCCUGUCAUGAGAACUUAUGAAAAUUUGCACUGGGAUUGGAUAAUGCUUUUGAGAGUCAAGUCUUACAUGGUUUUUGUGUGUGGGUGAGAUGAUGUGUGUGGUGGCUGAUCAGGUAGGGGCUCUGUUUAUUCAGCUAAAACAAGUCAGAAAACUGUAUAGCUUAAUGGUAAUGCAACCUUUAUGACCAGGAAGUCAAACAAAGAAAGCUAAAUUAACUUAAUAUCUCACCUGGUAUCAUAUUGUCCGUGUGUCUGAGUAGAUCGUCAACACCGCUAUCUUCCUUUGUGAGAUGCAGAACGAGGUUAUUACUUUGCUGGUGCUCAAGUUGUGUCAUUGAACUGAGGAAAAUGGAAUGUUGCACUUUAGACAUGUUUUCUGAAUGAGCUACUUUUGUAUUUGAGCAUCUAUUUUGUAUUUGGAAAAAAAGAGACUUUGUUACAAGUAUACAAAGUUGUUUUUGCAAAUUAUAACACCUGAAAAGAUGUAUGUCUGAUUGAUGUUGGUAAAUUGUAACUCAAUUGAAAUCCCUACACCAUAACAUCCAUCAAAACUACAUCAUAUUUCAUUAUGAUUUGAAAAACUGCACUGCUUAGAGAUAGUGGUUCAUUUCUCUACACAGUGAUAAUCAAAGUAACACAAUGUUUAUGCUUAAAAUGACUGAUAAACAUUUAAAGGGAGGAAAGUUUUGUGUCUGAUAUGUGGAAUAUAGUUACUGUCAGAAGAUA